AUCGACAACAAUUAGCAAACUAAUUACUUCGAUAUACUACAUAAAUUUCUUGUUAAUUCUAUGGCUUUCAGAUCACUGUCUGGUCUAAAAUCCACAUUAAUGAAUCACUUAAAGGGAAGCUCAUCAUUAAAUUAUGCAACAGCAGCCACUUCAAAGCUUAAGCCAGCUUAUUCACUCAAACAGAUUGUUCCCAAAUCACGGAAGGGAGAUUUCGUGCCAGUGUGUAUGGCGCUAGGAAUGAUCGGACUGUCAACGAGUUUCGGGAUACACACAGCGAUGCAGCAGCUGAGGCGCGCCCCUAAUGUACAUGUGAAGAAAUCACGAAGGGAAACUGUGCCAGAAAUAGUGGAACCAGAACAUGUUGCGGAAGAGUCAGAAAAGUUUGUUAAUAAAUCUUUGUUCCGAAAGGUGGCUCAUGCUAGCAGUACUCGUACCGGAGACAUGAUUUAUACCAAGAAGCCAGGUGUAGAGACGUUGAAAACUAUAGGAGUGGAUCCAAUGAUGUAAAUGAAAGGCUUGGUUGCAUUUUAGGCUUCAAUUUCUAAUUCUGUAAUAUGCCUCAAAACAUGCACGGUGAAAAGCUAUUAGUAGAUAUGUGUAGAUGUAAUAAGUUUACAUGUUGGUGAUAUCUUGAUGUUGUGCAUGUUAAUGAGUAUAUAUAUUAUAAAUAAAUAUAUGUGGUACAGCUUUGUGAAUGC